UAUGCUAACGUUCACGUACAGCCCCCAUGUAGUUUGUGUGGGGAUAACUAGCAAUUACUAAUGGCACUUCAAUAUACGAUGGCAUGCAUCUUAUCGAUAGAUAGGCAGCAUGAACGAAAAUGUCGAACAUCUCGUUAGAAUAUGCCAAUCAUCGAAGAAGAGCACAUCGAAAACGCGAUGCUUCUUGCCACUUCGCGAAUCCAAUGCUCUUUUGGCUAGUCAUGCGGACGCUGCCAUUAAGUUGAAAAUUAUCGACGAAUCCUUAGACAAGAAGUUAGCCGUUGGCUAUUAAUCAGUUCCUACACUUGACUAGGGUGUAGAGUUCAUUUCAAACUAAAAGCGCAAAUGAGAUCUUCGAAAUUCGGUUCGAUAGACGCACCCUGGAGCUCAAUGCUAUAGCCUUGACCUCAUACCUAACUUAAAGGCUUUGAUGUCUGGUCGGGAGGCUCGAUAGCCUAACUCCGCUGAUGCUGUGCAACUACAACCUUAUGCGUGCAAUUUAUUUUGGAUGCAACAGAGGAAAAGAAAAACAGAAUCGCACUUAGCUGUCUUACCAUCGAAAUCAAAAUGAUCGCGGCCUUAAAUAGCAUGCCUUUGUUAAAAAGCGCUACGCUACAUAAUAACAUCUAGCGGUAAAGUUUUCACAAUAUAGGUAAAGAAUUUCAAAUACGGUUUCGCCUCGCAAUCAACAAAGGCUGAAGCUUCAGAUGGUAAGCUCAAUCAGAGCACAUGGCGACGAGCCAGUUUCGCUUUUUGUUGUUCAUCGACACUCUGUUCGAGCGCCUAUGUGCUAUCCACCGGGGGACGACGUGUAUCUGUCCCGCAACAACUUUCCACGUGGACCUAGUUAUCUUACGGACGUAGGAAUUAAAAGAAGCCUCCAAGUUGGAAAGAUUUGGAAGCGUUGGUUUCCACAGUUCAUCACGGGCAACCCACGUGAGGUAUGGGCACGUUCAUCGGAGGCGUAUCGUUGUGCUGAGACGUGCAAUACGCUUCUCUAUGCUCUCUACUCAUCCAAAUCUAAUUAUCAGCCAAUUUCAGUUAUCGUGCCUCCAGAAAAUCAAGACAAAUACAUAGGUUCAAAUAGUCUUUCCGAUGAGGAACUCUUUCGUUACAUGGAAAAUCACAUAGACACCGAAGUGCACACCAAGGAUGGUAAAGCGGUCACCGUCAGAAACGUUCUCGACUUCGUCAAAAUUCAGAUGAACCUAGAGAAGGAUACUAAUAACUAUAACAUGUUCAUCUAUCUUGACGGGCUGAGCUCGUUGGAAUACAAUAAAUUAGCGCAGCCUCCAUGGUACACGAAAAACAGAAAAGUGAUCGACGCCGCGUAUAAUAUCCUAUACCAUCAACUGACAGUUACGUUGCGGCCAUUUUAUGGAUACUACCUCUUAAAAGGGGUAGCCGACAGGAUAUGCCUUGUUAGAGAUGGCAAAGCAAAGUUCGGUGAACGAGUGAAUUUAUUCAGUUUUCACGAUUUUUCCGUGUCUGCCGUCCUGACUGCCCUCGAUGAAUCGUUCCACGAAUUUAGACCGCACUUUUUGAGUGCGGUUUUCUUUGAGCUGUACCGAAGGCCCAAAGACGAUCUUCAUUACAUGAUGGUGUCCUGGAGCGAGGGCCUAGACACGAACGGAUCAUAUGCCUCACGGAAGCCCUUACCGCUCACCUGGAACGGCGGAUCCAAUCGUGUUAAACUCGAUGAUUUCUUACCUCGAUUGCAAGACAAUACAUACAGCGACUAUAUGAAGAAAAACGCUCUCUUGGGCUAUACAGGAGAGGACGCUUUCGUGUAAAAUGAGCAUCAUUCAUAUCGAUUUUGAUAAAACUAGUUGUUGAGCUGAGCUUUUAAGCACAGCUUGGAUAACUAUUUUACACGGCUGAGAUAUUAGAUGGAAAUCCGUGGAAUGAAUGGUUUUAUCCUAUUCCCUAGAUUUUACGUGAAAGAAGUUAACUGUGAAUUCGUUGGAAACAUUUAGAUCCAUCUGAGGUUGGCUGGCCCCCAAGUCCUUACUCGGGAUUAGGAGAUAUAUCAUAAAGCUUGUUUUAAAUGUUAAAAAAAAAACAUAAAAAAAUGUUUCGAGUUACUGCUGUUAUGCAUAAGAUCUACCUACAAAUUCUACUGCUUCAAUGGAAGGAUCCUACCUAAAGCAGUGACGAACAGCUGGUCAUCGUGCUCUCGAGGAUGAACUAAUGGUACAUAGGUCAUAACUAUGUUUAUGGCCUAUUCUUUACAAAAUAAUUUGAAAUGGAUAUUUUCAAAAUACGCAUUAACAGAUGCAUUACACUUAAUCUAGAUGACUUUGGCAAGAAAAAAAACGGACUCUUUUGCCUUAAUUGAUGCUAGCAACCAGUAUUAAUUGUAUGUUUAACCAUUGGUGAUAACGUUAACGCAACUAGUAGACUCAACGUUCCCACCGGCUGAUCAUAUUUUCUUAUUAGAUGAUUAAAUCUUUUUUCAACAAAAAUUUUACCAAUUCUGGGCCUCGCCACUGUGUUAACAUUAAUAUAAAACACCUUGGAAAUGUAACUCGAUGUGCAAUAAAAUGUUUCACAAUAUACAGAAUAGAUUAUUAUA